ACUGUCCUUUCAGUGGUCGCAAAAAUCAAGUCAAGCUUUACCUAUGACGAUUCCGUGAAAUCUGUCAAGUUCAUUACCCCUCUGCGUGCAAUACGGGAGUACAUUUUAACCACACAGGACUUAGAGGCGUUGCCUCGUUAUUACAGCCGCAGUCCCUACUCAGGUGAAACCCAAACACAAGUCUUUCUGCGUUCUGACGUUGAGCAGCUUGCAUACAAGAAACAUGGGGGCAAAGAUGCUUUUGAGUUGCGUUUGAAGAUAAUCAAAGACAUGGAACGAAGGGCUCGCGCUGACAUUUUCAACUUAAAGAAAGCACUGAAGCAUUUCAAGGCCACAAUGGAAUCAAACCGAAAUGACCCAUCGCUCCAUGUGGAACGCCAACGAAGCGUUUUUCGAACUGGUCCCGGCCGUGUUGUGUUAUUUGCGAUCGCUGUGAAUUCCUUGAAUGUCGCAGCCAAAGCAAUCGCCUGGUGGUACACGGGCUCAAAGAGUAUAUUCUCUGAAGUAAUGCAUUCGAUUGCCGACACAUUCAACCAGGCAGGUCUUUUUCAAUACUAUCGAUUGUCUAACCAUCAAAUGUAUGAAUACGGCCCUGCUAACCUUCAUACUGCUGGAUUGUUGCCAGUGAUGGUAAUGCCAUUUGUCAUACCCUAUUAUUUGGCAAUAUAUUGCUUCCCGUUUCUCUUUUUGUGCACCAAACAGAUUCUGGUCGCCUACGGCCUCCAUUCUUCUUUUCAAAAGCCGGAUGAGAUGCAUCCCUAUGGUUACAUCCCCAUGCGUAAUGUGUCUUCGCUAAUCAGUGGCGUGGCUAUUUUCUUUCUUGGUGCCGGUUUCACAUUUUAUCACGGUGUUCGCGGUUUGUUGGAACCGCACGACGUUGAACCACUUCAUUGGGCGCUGCUCGUGAUGUUGGGCUCGUUCGUCAGUGAAGGAAGCACCUUAGCUCUAGCUUACCGCGAAGCACGUUUAGGCGCCAAAAGACACAACUACGACUCUGUGCGACAAUGGCUUAUGGCCGGUGUCGAUCCCAGUACAAGUGUCGUGCUGUUGGAAGACUUGGCCGCUGUCUUGGGAGUGCUGGUGGCUGGUACGGCAAUGGGUAUCACUACCUUAACCGGAUCUCCGUUCCCUGAUGCUGUAGGGGCUAUUGGUGUCAGCGGGAUUCUGGGCGCUGUGGCAGCUCUGAUCAUUCGUACGAAUACGGAAAUGCUGAUCGGUCGCUCCAUUCCAUUGGAGAAGCAGGAAGCCAUCAUGCGGUUGAUCGAUAACAUGAAGGUCAUCCGCGGCACAUACGAUAUAAAAGCAACAAUGAUGGGUGGGGAGGCAAUGCGAUUCAAAGCCGAGGUGGAUAUUGAUGGGAGAGAACUGACCAAACGGUAUAUGGAAACAUUACCGCUGGACGCGCUUUUGCAGGAGGUGAAGAGUAUUCAAACAGAACAACAACUUGUCCAUUUUAUGCUCAAACAUGGGGACAACCUGGUCAAUACUUUGGGUGCCGAGAUCAAUCAGAUCGAGGCGAAAAUCAAGAAAGAAUUUCCCGGGAUGAUGCACAUUGACAUCGAAAUCAACUGAGUCGAACGUGGAUCAACAUCAGCUGGUCGGAUUUGUUUUGAGCGCCCUUUCGACUGUGGCUGAAACACAUGUGGAAACCAUUGGGUUCUGCGUUCACUCUCCUUCUCCGACCUACGUACUGUUCCUCUGGUUGCCAAUGGGCGCAUGUGGUUCUAGGCCGGUGAUGUGACCUUGCUUGUAUGCGUAUUUUUUCGUAAUAUUCAG